AUGGAUAUGGACCAUGGACAUGGGGACAUGGAUAUGGGCGGACAGUGCAACAUGAACAUGCUAUUCACCUGGUCUACCAAGGACCUCUGCAUCGUCUUCAGUCAAUGGCAUAUCACCGGCCCCUUCUCCCUCCUGAUAUCCCUGAUUGUCAUAGUGCUUUUGACAGCGGGCUACGAGGGCGUCCGGCAGGCCACCCGGAAAUAUGAAGCUGCCCAUGCACAGCGUCUGAACGCUUUCUCGGCAACAACAGCUACGAUUGCUGGACUGGAGCCCUCAUUGACGAACGGUGUGCAAGGCAAUGAGUUCGCCGACGAGUCCGCCACCGCCAACGUUUCCUCUAGUCAAACCCCCAACGAGAGCUCACCGCUAGUUGCAGGUAGGGAUAACAGACGGGCCGUGGAGCAAAGAGGCAAGAUCACCCUUGCAGCCUUGUAUGCCGUGCAGGUGUUCUAUAGCUUCUUCAUCAUGCUGCUGUUCAUGACGUAUAAUGGGUUCGUCAUGCUUGCAGUUGCUGUUGGUGCUUUCGUCGGAUAUCUGGUCUUUGGAGAUAACCAGUCAGCCGCUAAGACGGUUGCUUGUCAUUGA